GAUUUCAUUUAUUUCAGUAUGUUUAUGUCGUGAUAUUCUUGCUUAGUUUUCCGUUCUUAAUUGGUUUUCAACCGGUUUGUCACCUUCGGUUUGUUUCGUUUUUAUAUAAAGCAACGGUGCAAAAAUGGAGGGCAAACAUUACAGACUGAAAUGGAACAAUUUCCACAAAAAUAUGCUCAACGAAUUUGAAAGUAUGCAAAACAGUGAAGAAUUGGCGGACGUUACCCUCACGUGUGAGGGCAUCAAUCUGAAAGCGCACAAGUUCAUUCUGUCCGCGUGCAGCCCGUAUUUCCGUACCGUUUUUAAGGAAAACCCCUGUCCCCAUCCAAUAGUGAUCCUAAAGGACAUAUACUACGUCGAUCUGAUCGCCAUAAUAAACUACAUGUAUCAUGGUGAAGUUAUGGUGUCCGAAGACAACUUAUCAACGUUUCUAGAAACGGCUGUUAUCUUACAAGUGUCCGGACUGGCGGACACGAAACGGCCGACCAACUUAAAAAACAAACAUCGCAAGGAGAAACCGCACUUUAAUCCGACAGACGCGUCGCCGAAACGGCUGAAAAAGUCACCGCAGCUCCAGCAGGAGGCGGGAGCAGAUCUGCCACAGCUGUCGCCGCCCAAAAAUCAAUGUCUGGAGGUGGAAGUGAAGACUGAGAAGACUGACAACGCCCUGCACGGCGAGGAGUCCAUGGAGGAGAGCGUGGAGAACAACAACGAGGAGUUGAGGUCUGAAAAGACAGAUCCUCCUUCUAUACUGGAGGCCGCCCUGGAGCUCAGGGAGAAACCUUGCGCCAGCAUACUGGCCAGAUCACUCAUGUCCAACCCCACAGAGAAACCGGGGUCGUUUUCGAUCAGCAGCGACGUCCCAAAGGCGAUAUUCAUCCCCCGUAAGCCGCCAGAGACUGAUCUCGAGCAGCAGGUCCGCUCCUCACCGGAAUCGUCCAGCCCCUCCCUCCAUCAAGCGCCCAUCAAAGUGGAAAACGAAGAUCUAUACGAAAUGAUCGAGAUCACGUCGCCGGAAGAUAUACGCAGCUACCAGCAACAGCACCACCACUACCAGUACGUGCAGCAGAAGACCGUGGACGAGGCGCAGCCCCAUCACAGCUCGCAGUGCGGCAAUUGUCCGCACUGCGGCAUGGUCUACUCGAAUCAGUCAGCGCUCAAGUAUCACGUCAGGCUGAUGCAUUCGGACUUGACGAACAUGUUUUGUUGUCACUUGUGUCCGGAGUCGUUUGAUUAUAGGGAAGGGUAUAAGAAACACAUGGCUGAUGUUCAUUUGAUGAGGAAUUAGGGAAAACUUGUUGACGUAAUUUAUAAAUGGAAAGAUAAUUGGCCCAUUUUUACGUUUUAUUGGGUUUUUGAACUGUCUAUGAACAAAGAUAAAUAUUUAUAUUGAUACAGGCAAUAAAUAAAUCCUGCAUAAAAUUAUGAGACUAAGUUCAAAAACAUUAGUAGUAAAACUUCAUUUUUUUUAAUUAAAUAGUUUUUAAGAGUUUCCAACAAUAAGUAAACACUGUUUUAGUAAAAUCAAAUGCCUAUCUAUAAUUUAAAUCACUGAUAACAUCAUGGACGUAUGUAGAACUUCAUUAUUCAAUAUUACACGUUGGAAAACUUUUAUAUUUCUAAAAAUGUAUGUUUUCUUCUGUCUAAUAACUUCUUUGAAGAAUUUCAAUAAUUAAUAUUUAAAUGAAGUUAUUAAUAAUUAUAGGUUUCUAUCUACACUUUUUUAGGCAGGUUUAUGUGAUUUCAAUUUUUAAAGAAUGGGUCAAUUAAUGUUAUUUGUUGUAAAUUCAAUAACAACAGUUCAUUUCAGUUUUUGGCAGCUUUAAGAACGUUGUUUAAAUUAUUGUCUUCCAAUUAAUUCGAGUGCGCAUCAAAUUUGUGGUUUUCAACUGUUUUAUAUAUAUUUUUCUACUUUUAUAUUACAUUAUUUAUACAUUUAAAUUACGGUUAAAGUUAUUUAUUGUGUUAAUUAGGAGUUUAUAUUUUUGUUGUUCAUAUGAUUAUGUUUUUAUUAAAGUAAUAUUCUCACAUUA